GGUAUUGCGUUGCUGGAAAUUCUGGGAAACAGAGUUAAGAUCAGGGCAAAGAUGGCCACGUGUUAAUGAUCCAAUGGCCCACAACGCGUAGCUUUUAAUGAACAAAACCAUUGCCUAUCUGGAGCUGUACUCGGACGGGCGGAAGCUCUGCCCGAAAAAACUCCCGCUAGGUCUUGGCCGCCUGCCCCUGCCCGAGCCCUGCCCGCUCCCGCCCCCCUAUUGCUUCGUCAAAACACUCGUCUCCUAAAAUUUCUGCUAAAACCUAAACCCAAUCUCUCUCCGACAACUAGCUAUCAUUUUGGAUUCUCAUUGCGCCAAUUUCAGUUUCUCUGUCUCUUCUUACAUCAAAUUUCCUCCGUUAAUUUCUCAUUGAUUCGAAUUAAUUUCUGUUUCCUUCCGAUUGCUUCGUUGUACUGGAAAUUUGGAGCUUUAGUUUUCAGUAAAAUGUUAUAGAUUCAUGUAGUGAUAGUGAGAUUUGGUUGCUUAAUGGCGUCGAUUCGGAGGACACUGUCGCCGGCGUAUCCCGAUCGGGUGUAUCCGAACGGAAUCCCGUUUUCAACCUCUUCGCCAUCUUCGAAGCUCAAUGCGAAGUACUCGUCUCCUUUUUCAUCAUUUGCCGUCGGUGCCCGGAGAUUUGUCUCCGGAGCUUUCUUUCUAAGGCAUCCUUCGCGGAAAGGUGGUAAUAGUUGGCGGAGAGCGUUCUUUAGAUGCUGCGUGUUCUUCUUGCUUGGCUUCUUGCUAGGCAUGAUGCCGUUUGGCCAUGAUGCCGACGACAUACGUAGCCAUGAUUUCUCCUUCGAGAUCAAGCCGCCGCAUGUGAACGCGCAGUUUGAGAAAGAUAGUCGUGGUCAGGUUCGGCGAGAGUUUUCAGUAGUCGAUUCAGUCAAUUUGUUGGUCAAGCCGCCUCCCGAAGUGAAUUCGACCAUCACUUCGGUGCCGAAGAGGCAGUUAAUUGUAGUGACUCCCACGUAUAAUCGUGCACUUCAGGCCUAUUUCUUGAAUAGGUUAGGCCAGACGCUGAAGCUCGUGGAUCCUCCUCUGCUAUGGAUUGUGGUGGAGAUGAAUUCUGCGUCAAUGGAGACUGCCGAGAUAUUGCGGAAAACGGGGGUUAUGUAUAGGCAUCUGAUUUGCAAUAAAAACAUGACAGACGUGAAGGAUAGGGGAGUUCAUCAGAGGAAUGCAGCAUUGCAACACAUUGAACAUCAUAAGCUUGAUGGGAUCGUUUACUUUGCGGAUGAUGACAAUAUAUAUUCGUUGGAGUUGUUUGAUGGCCUGAGAAAAAUUAGCCGCUUUGGCACUUGGCCCGUUGCGAUGCUUGCACAAAACAAAAAUAAAGCUAUUUUGGAAGGUCCUGUGUGCAAUGGAAGUCAAGUAAUUGGAUGGCACACUAAUGAGAAAAGUAAGAGGCUCCGGAGAUUUCAUGUUGAUAUGUCUGGAUUUGCUUUCAACAGCACCAUCCUUUGGGACCCGAAGAGAUGGAGACGCCCUACUUCAAAACCAAUUCGACAGUUAGACUCUGUGAAAGAGGGUUUCCAGGAGACUACAUUCAUCGAGCAAGUAGUAGAAGAUGAAAGUCAAAUGGAAGGUGUGCCUACCGGCUGUUCAAAAGUAAUGAAUUGGCAUCUUCAUUUGGAAGUUCCUAAUUCUGUUUAUCCCAGUGGUUGGGUGUUUCAGAAGAAUCUCGAUUACGUCCUGCCAAUUAAGUGAUCAAACCUUGCCAUUGCAGUUUGAAGCUUAGAAUUUGAGACAGUUUGAUCUAAAUCUCAAUUUUGGUGGCUUUUGACUCCCGAUUGGAUCAUUGCUUUAAUUGCCGCUGUUGGUGAUGAAGAGUUCCAUGCCUAGCUUGGCUUUCAACACAAAGGAAUACAAGUUUAUCAUUUUUACUUGUAAGAAUUUUCUUGCAUAUUCUUUAACAGAGAUGAGUUUCGUUUAUAGUUGUAGAUUUUUAGUGCUUAGAGAGUUUUUAAUUUCUCAAUCUUCAAUUGUUACAGCAAAACCUUCCAAAUAGAGUGUGGGGCAGGGUCUAUUGUAUAUCUAAACUCUGUAUUUGUUGUAAAACCGGUUGGUGAUCGAAUCAAUGGGGCCUAAUCAAGUAAGGCCACUUUCUUCUAAGCUGUAA